AUGGCCUGCUCCAAAACUUUUGUUACUUUGGGGAUGUUCAUCAUAGAUGAGUUCUCUUAUACAGACUUGGAAGGUAAAUCCACUAAAGCAUCUACGUUCGAAAUCGGUGGAGGAGGUACAUAUGCUACAAUUGGAACGCGUAUAUGGCUACCUCCUGAACAGGUUGGGAUGAUUGUCGAUAAGGGAUAUGAUUUUCCUUCUGAAAUCGAGAACAAAUUGAAAGCAUACGGCGAUCAAAUGUGGUUAUUCAGACCUCAGAAUGAAGCUCGAACCACUCGGGCUAUGAAUAUAUACAGAGGUGACCAUAGAGGGUUCGAGUACCUGACACCUCGAAUUAGAAUUACGCCCAGAGACUUGACCAACACAGCGUUGGAUAGGCCUAGAAUGCUACAUUUUAUAUGUUCACCUCUCCGAGCAUCCACCAUCAUUUCUGAGGCCGAAGAAGUGGAAGGCUGGAACCCACUGACGAUUUACGAACCGAUACCUGACAGAUGUGUUCCCAAAGAGCUGCCUGCUUUGAUCGGGGUUUUGCCUUCAAUAGAUAUCCUGAGUCCUAAUGCUGAAGAAGCCCUGUCACUUCUCUCCAUUCCAAUCAUGCGGCCAAUUAGCAAGCCACUCAUAGAAGAAGCAGCCAAUCGAUUCAUACAGCUUGGUGUGAAGGACGCAGUGAUUAUUAGAAGCGGCGAACUCGGGGCAUAUGUUCUCAGAAGAAAGACGGGUGGAAAAUGGGUUGAUGCUUUUUGGACGGAAGCCGAUGCGUCAAAAAUUGUAGAUGUGACUGGUGCUGGUAACAGUUUUCUCGGAGGGCUUAGUGCAGGUCUUCAAAUAGCCAAUGGGGAUGUAUACGAAGCGGUGUUCUAUGCGACUGUUUCUGCAUCGUUUGUCAUCGAGCAGAGUGGACUGCCUGCGAUCACAUCCAGUGGUGACAGGGCUUUGGAGCAGUGGAAUAACGAUUCUCCAAGGCGCAGGCUGGAAGCGUUGAAAAGCAGGGCACGUCAUGAGUAA